AUAGUAGAAAAUGCACAGCCAACUUAUUCUGCUACGUUCUUUCUGAUCGAAAUGAUUCAGUCCCCCGUUCAGUUAGCCCCAACAGAUUAAAUUUUUAAUGUAACAUAUUUUUUUUGGGUAGAAGUUUCAAAAAUUUACUUCCUUGAUUCAGUUCCAUUUGCUUGAAAAACCAUGAAAAAUGUUCAAGAAAAAUCUGUGAAAACAGCUAGAAAAACUAGUCAGUUUUUAAUAAUAGUAAUACUCAGAUAAGUUAUGUUAACUGAACGACUUUUUUUCAAUCUCGAACAGGCCGGGUUGAAGCAAACGCAGGCGGACCAGGCGAAUUUUGCUGCCCAAAAUUAUAUAGAGAAGAUAUAUGGACGCCACAGCACUUUAAAACGAAUGUUAUGGAUUGGUUUCUUGAUAUCGCGGACGCGGAAUUAUUAUGUACAUGCGAAGAAACUUCUUCCAAAACUUCAAACGAUACCUGCAGCGUUGAAAAAAGCUGUACAGAUCAUCGGGAAAACAGCUCUACAGACAUUGACAGCGAAAAUAAUCAAUGCGUAGAUGUCAAGUCUUCGUAUUCAUCUGACGCAUAUUGUCAGUGUGGUUCAGGUAUAGAGGAUGAAGAAAUGAGAACUUAUGAUGCUCAAUAUUCAGGCAGCAGUGGGUCAUCAAUUUUAUCAUCGUGCACUAUCUGCUCCAAUGCGACAUUGUGUUCAAACUGUAAAUUGUCUUCUUAUAAAGAAAACUCAGAUCACAGAUUAGAUAAUCAACCUGAUCUAACAAUAUGUAAGAAAUGUGCUGCAGACAGAAGGCCGAAGACAGAAGUGCAUGAAGACGUGGCAUAUCAUAAAGAUUCUCAAAUGCUAGAUCUUGAUAAAUACUGUCAUUAUAAAGAUUGGGAUACCAUUUAUCGCAUAAGAACUCAAAUUCCGGAUGAUGAACAAAUGAUACAGGUGGAUAAAGACCAGUUGAUGAUGCGUGGUGAAGACGUACCACUAAAACUAGAAAGACAAGAUCAUCAAAUAACUGAAGCGGAUAGAAACAUAUUUACAGAUGCAUAUAAGCCACUUGAAACACGGAAAAUCAGUUUGAACAGUGAAUAUAGAUGCGAAUACGGCUUGAAUAUAAAAAUCCAUCAGCCACAACAUUAUUCGUGUUAGGAUUCGAAGAUAACGGGUCAUAAGCCCAUGCAACUUAUGUUAUGAACAAAUGCUAUGUGAGAAACUUAAUAGGGUUGGUAUGGGCUGAAAAUUUGCAAUUAUUCCGCUUCUUACCUUCAUUAGGUCUUGAUAAAGAGUUUUUUUUAUUUGAUUUUAUCAUGAUGAAAACAUUUUCAUACUCGACACACUUUGCACUAACAUACAAUUCACUCUGUAUUUGAAAAUAUGUCUCAUGUGUUAUCAUAAUUAUUAAUGUAUUGCAUUGAUUAUCAUUAAUUAUCCGAUAUCGAUGGAACAACAUCGAUGGAUGACGACGGCAUCAUCAUUGAUGUCUACAUGAUUCUUUAUAGAUACACAAAUUCGGGAAUAAAUUAUAAAGCAGAUAGAAUGAACACGGUAAAACACCAUAAUUUUAUACGUUCGAAAAAGUAAAAUUUCGAUAAUCAUCACUUUAAUACGCUCCUUACGAAAUCGCACCCACUGCGUAUUCGGUAGAUAAAAAUUUGAGCGUACAAAAAUGCAAUGAUUCAAGUAUUACAAUAGUAAUAUACGUGAAUUAUAUCAGAAUGUGCUUCUGGUUACAAUUUAAAUGGUACAAUACGGAUAGUAUGAUGACAAAUAAUAAAAUUUUAUCUCUCAAAUGAUCAACUUGGAUAUUUACAAUAAUGAUGUGAAUGUUAGCUGACUUCUGAAUGAUGAUUGUCAUGCUAGUCAGGUGAUUAGUCCACACCACUCAUAUGAAAUAAGAAGUAAACUAUCUUUACUAGGUAAAAAGAAGCGAAUGAACUUGUCAAAGCGUAAAAAGGAUUGCUGUAAAUUUAAAUAGUUUUAGUUAGAAAAUGAAAUCAGAAUACAGUAGAAUCAUCUAUAUCACAUGCAACGACUAGUUUUCAGCAUAUGAGUGGUGUGUUUUUGUCUAAUAAAUUGCUGAUGAAUUUAUGUUUUACAUAAUACUGCACAGAACCCUUUUGCAAUGCAAGUUGUAAAUACUUCUGCUCUCAUCCCGUUGUUAGUAAAAUAAAUAAUUGAUUGUA